AUGGAGAACGUUCUUGUUAUCGGAGCCACUGGCAACAUCGGUGUCGCAGCAGUACUUGGAGCCUUACAAUCUAAGCGUCAUGUACUUGCAAUAGUGAGGAACCAGGCCUCUGCGGACAAGUUGUUCAAACAUGUGGGAACAAAGAACGGCAUCACAACAGUCGAGGCCGACAUCAUGUCAGAAGGAGGAGUGCAAACUGUGGUGGACCAAGUCCGGGCUGGGAAACUGCCAGAUUUUCAGCAUGUUUACUCUGCUGCUGGAGGUGCAUACGGUGCAACGUCUUUGACUGAGCUAAGCCUCAACGAACUACGUCAAAUCAUGAGUGUCAACUUUGAAUCCAACUUUUUCGCUUACCGUGCAACCAUCCCAUAUUUGCUAGAGCAAAAGAAAGCAACUAGCUUCACACUCUGCACCGGUGCACAGGGUGACAUUGGGGCUCGCGCAGCACCCGCUAUCUCACAAGGUCCCCUCUUCUCGAUGGCAAACGUAGCCUGCCGUGAUAAUACUGAUUCGAGCGUUCGCUUCAACGAAGUGUAUCUUAAUUGUCGGGUUGAAGUUGAUUCAUCGGCCGCUAAAACGGGAGCAAUGAAAUCGUCUGAUUUCGCUCGCUCUUAUACAGAACUGCUCUCUAGACCAGAAAUCAAGAGUUCUCGCAUAAUUGUAUCCACAAAUGAUGAUUUGGAGGAUUUGAAGCACAAGAAGAAGAUUGCUUAG